AUGGUGGAUCCUCUUGGUCCUGGCAAGUUUUACGGCAGCAGCUUACCAAGGCCCAGGUUCUACACCGACGUCAAAUUCAACGAUGAACGAGUCGAUCCACCUCCGCCACUUCUUGAUCCGUUCACAUCUUGGUCCAAUGAGGCUCACUGGUCGAUGGGAGGUCGUAGCUUCAAUCGUCUCCGUCUUCAAGGCCGAAUUGAAGGUAACGUCAAGCGCCUACGCACAGAGCGUGAGGAUUUCCAGAUGAAGAAAUCUCAACUUGCCGAUUCAUCUUCACCAAUCGGCGAUUCGUCGCUGCCUUCUGAUCCAAUUUCCAACAAGCGUCGUCGUCGGCGUUUCAUGAUUGAGGAAGAUGAUGAUGAUGAUGAGGAGGAGGAGGAUAUAGAUCAGAUUCAUGAUGAGAAGUUGGAUGAUAAAUUUGAUCAUUUGGAGAAGAAAUCUGUUAGGGUUACAAGAAGUUCAUCUUCAAGUCCUGCAACUACAACAAGAAGCUCUUCAAGGUUGGCUAAACGUGGUUAG